AAGAGACAGCUUUGUUGAUAUCAAAGGCAAAGAUUUUGGAAUAGCUAUUCCAAAAUCUUUGAUCUAAAGCAUCAAAAAUAAACAAUAGAGUAUAUGCAAUAACAUGAGUAGAGGAAACCAUUAUGAUGGAUAGCGACUGCAAAACGCAUAUAGAAGGUCCAUACAAGUCCUUGCAGGAUCACAUAAACAAACUGACAGAGAACCAGAACAGUAUUGUAAAGAAAUUUGACGUGUUAACAAAUAAUGUCGAUGAAUUGAGGAAGAUUAUCACGCAGUUUUCCGAGAAGGUUGUAGCAUUGGAGGAGGUGGCAACUGAUAGAAGACGGUUGAAGACCGAAAUAAAGGUGUUGAAGAACAGAAUAGACGAAUUGUACGCUAUAGUGAAGGAAGGUAAAGAGGAUGACUCGUGUGCAAGCGACGUGCAGGAGGUGGAGUCUUGUCAUUCAGGAUUUUCUUCGUCAUCCAAGGUAACCAUGACGACCGGUUUAGAUCGGGAUACGAUUCGCUCCGCGUAUGAAGACGUGCGAUCGGACGCUAGCCCUACGGAAUGGGCGGUGUUCAAGUUCGACGGUGCCCGGAUCGUGUGUUCAGCGCGCGGCAGUGACUUCACAGAAUUCCGUACACAGUUCUCCGACGACGACCGCGCCUUCGGUUACCUCAGGUUACAAAUGGGUGACGAGAUGUCAAAACGGAAGAAGUUCAUGUUCGUGACGUGGGUGGGGCCCAACGUGUCUGUCAUCAACCGAGCCAAGAUGUCCACAGACAAAGCGAUAAUCAAAGACAUCAUAUCCAAUUUUGCAGUGGAGCUGCAGCUGGAGAGCCAAGCUGAAAUAGACAUUGAUCAAUUCAAAGACGCCUUGAACAGGGCAGGCGGAGCAAAUUAUGGUACAGGAAUCAGGGAUUUAUGAAUUACACAAUAAAAUAAACUUAAUAUAAAAAUGUAUCUUCUACAAACAAAUAUCUUUUUAAUAAAUUUCAUU